AUGAAUGCCGACAAAUUAGAAAAGGUACCUUCUGAGGAUAACUCUGAAAGCACUUUCCAGAAAAAGAGAUCGAAUUACAAAUAUAGAUUCAGGGAAGAGACGACAAAGGAUGGGAAAAGGAAAAGAAUAAAAUGUACAUAUUGGGGAGAGUGUCAGACUAAUACAGAGUUAUUUAACCGAAAUGGUAAUGUAACUAAUAUCGGAAGUGAAAAAUAUGGAAUGAGAAGGAGGAAAAAUGUAAAUUCUUUACAAAACACAUAUGACAAUAUAAUAAAUUAUAUAAAAGAUAAUAAUAAUAAUAUAAAGAAAAUACGAUAUUAUUUGUUUUUAAAAGCAUAUGAACAUUCAGAAUUAUUUCAAAUGGAAAAACAAAAUAAGAAAGAUCAGUUAAAUAUAAAUAAAUAUAAUAAAUCUAUAGAUAUAAAAGAUGAUAGAGAAAACCAAAGAUUAAAAUUAUUAAAAAUUUUUAAAAGUUAUCAUAUAAAAUAUGAAGGGCAUACAAAUUUAGACACCUUAUGCGAUUAUGCAAUAUAUUUUCAAGAUGCAGAUAUACUAAAUGUACUUUUAAAAAAGCAGAAUUGUGAUAAUCUUUUUUAUUAUUUAGUUACUAUAGGUAUACCAUAUAAUGAUAUAAUAGAAAUGGCAAGUGUUUUUGAAAAUAUGAAAUAUUUAAAAAAUUGUAAUUUAUAUAUGCUUCCAUGGAUAUAUAAAAAAUUAAAUGAAUUCCAUAAGUUCGAUGUUAGUACUUAUGUGUUACAUUCUUUAGCUUAUUCACUAUCUACUCUUAGCUGUUCUUUAUAUAUAUUUAUAAAAUAUAAAACUAUUGCUGUUAUUUUCCCUUUAUUUAUUACUUAUGUAGUUUUAUCUGUUCCUUUUUUAUUGCAAGAAAUAAAUUGUGGACGUUAUGUCUUAGAUGGAUGUAUUUCUUUUUUUUGGUCCAUUAAUCACUAUCACUUACCUAUAGGAAUAAUACUACUUAUAUUGUACACUCUUUCUAUAAUAAAAUGCAUUGAUCUUAUAUGUUUGCAUAUCACCUAUGUUUCUUACUAUUUUAUGGAAAGCACUCCUUGGGUAUACAAAAAUCUAGAUAUAAAAAUAUGCUCUAAGUUUAAUGGCAGCAAGAACAUAUGUGAUUCUUCAAGGAACAUUUGUUACUACAAUGAUCGUACUCAGACAUGUGAGAUGAACAGGAUGAAACUGGGCAUAAAAAUAUACGAUACGCUAUUGAGCAAGUACGUCGAACCGAAGAACACGAAGUUUACGAUGAUCACAGUACUCCUUGCAUUUCUUUUCCUAAUUUUUUACAAUUUAUUUUCAAAAUAUAAAGUAUCACAUAAAAUAGUAAAAAUAUUUGUAUUCCUUCUAAUUCUAUUUUUUAUAAUUCAUAUUAUUACUCUGCGUAAUUUUACCUUAAUUAAUUUUUUAUUAACCGAUUUUAAUACUAGUAAAAUAUUAAGUGUUCUUUUGAAUCACGAAAUAUGGAUCGUGUGCAUGAUACACUGCACUGUCAACAUGUCCCUGCAUUCGGGGAUGUACUUCUACUCCUCUAAAGGACUAAGGUUGGACGUAAAUGUCAUACCCAUCACUUACCUGAUUGUCCUGUGUUGCUUCUUAGUGGACAUGCUCCUUUUUGUAACAUUCACAACUAUCAUUGGAGAGCAUUUAAAAAAUAUAGAUAAAAAUUAUUAUAUUCUAAAAAAGUUAAUGAAAAAGAAUUUAUUUUAUAUUCUUAUCCCAGUAGUUCAUAACUGUUACAAUACAUUUACUCUCUUUUUAAGUCUAAAUGUAGCAAUAAUAUUUUUAAGCUUUAUGUUAUUAUCAGCUUCCAAAAGAAUAGAUAUUUUAUUUUUAUCGAUUAAUGAUAUAUAUAUUUUUAAGAGUAGUAAAAAAAUAUUUCCUAUUGGAUGGAUAGUUCUCUUUGUCAUAUAUUAUAUAUAUAGAACUAUUGAUAUAAAUUUUAUGGAUACCCUAUUUACACAAUUAUCACAAAUUAUGACCUUGUUAAUAUUUUUUUAUAUAAAUUUUAAUUUUUUUUGGCUACGUGGAAUAAAAGAAACAGCAGAAAAAUUAGGAAAAUAUCCUUUCAUUUUUAAGAUACUUUUAACAUUUGUCCAUGAGUUUUCUUUUCUUUAUUUUGAUGUCCUAUUUAAAAUUAAAAAUAGAGUUCCUUUAUAUUUCUUACGACAGUUCAUAAAUAUAUGUAUUAUUCCUUUCAUUUCUGUAAUUAUGUGUCAAUGGAUUUUCAAAAGAAAAGAAAAGAAGGACCACUCUUCGACCAUUCAAGAUGUAAAGGCAAUUCUGCGAAACACAUGCUCACUAGCCAUGGAAUGCACAGAUAGGUCAAAGAACAUCCAGCUGCACUUCAAUCAGAAAUCCAAAUGGAGCAAAUUGUUCAACAUUUAUAUUUUUUUUUUUUUCAAGUAUUUUGGCCUAGACCUAGUGUUUAUGUGCUUAAUGCACGAAGGAAAAAAAUUUUUCACUCAAGGAGAAAAAACCUAUAAGAAGAAAAAUUUAAAUACUGAAAUGAAUCCAUAUAUUAUGUUUUUUCUUCUUUACCUAAUUUAUGUAUACAUUGUUUAUAUAAAUAUUCCUUUAUUCCAAAUGAUAAAAAAAAAAAAAUUUUUCAAAGCUAAUCAUUUUAAUAUUUUGAAUUACCCCGUAUCCUUAGAAGAAAAGAAGCAAGAAAAAAAUACUAAUUUAUUCAAGGAGUUCACAGAAAAAUAA